GUUACAGCCACAUAGCCCUGAAGAACAGACGUUCAAAGUGAGAGGGAGAGAGAGAAAGAGAGAGUUUCAAAACACUUAAGUAUAAAGAGGCAUCUUUGCCUUGCAGAGAGAGACCGAGAGAGACAAAGAGAGAGAGAGACAAAAAGAGAGAGAGAGAGAACUUAACAAGAAAGUUUUAAACAACGACAAUUAAAGAACUAACUUUGGGGCUGUGGCGAAGACGUGUGAAGUGUCAGUGAUGCUCAAGCAGUGAAGUUGAGGUCUGGUCUGUUUUCAGAAGAUAAAAGAAGACAGAACACUGUGAGCCUGAGCUGGUGCUUGAGCAACCAACAGGGAAGAGACGCAACGCUGUCACUUUACACCAGGGGACUUAAGAGGAGAAUAAGAAAACAAGAAUGGCUGAAGAGGAGGAGACAAGGGAAGUGCUCUUCCCACAGUGGAUGGGUCCUGAUAAACAUGGCUUAACAAUUGAAAAAACGGGCGAGGGAGAGAUUUACGUGAAAGAUGUGAAGGACGAGUCCCCUGCUGCACACACUGGGAGAGUCCACAAAGGUGACCAAAUAGUGGGUGCAACCAUCUACUUUGACAACAUGAGCUCAGAAGAAACAGAAGAGUUACUGAAGACACUUAAUCGACAUAAAGUUGGGCUAAAACUACAGAACAAGGGAGACAAAUCACCCUGCCGGUCUCCCAUGGGUACACUGACAUGGGAAGGCAAGACAAGAUUUGGAGGAUCAAGCCCUGACAUUAUCCUUAGUGGAGAUGAUGAGGACUACAAACGGAUCUACACCAAGAAGAUCAAACCUAGACUGAAAUCAGAGGACCUUGCUGAGGGUGUAGACGUGCGUACGGAACGUCACAGCAGCACAAGCAGUGAUGGAAGCACAAUUACCACCAUCACCCGACGAAUUACUACCUACACUUUGGACAUGCCAGAGAGUUCUGGGCAGCAGCAAUAUGAAAUAGGUAGUCCAGAAUUCAAGAUUCAGGUCCCAAGUGAUGUCUCUGUCACAGGCCCACAUACCACUGGCCCAUCUGAAAAACACUGGAGUGUGGGACAUAUUAAAACAGCAACUGCUACAAAAGAUGUUGAGCACAGUGAAAAAGAGCUUAGAUUUAAAAUUCCUGCCACUGGACUAUCGGGGGAGAGGUCACCGACUGAAUUUGGGCUAUCUGGAGGGAUACAUCAACAUAGCAGUAUUCAGUUACCUGGCACUAAUGUAACAGACACUGAUAAGAUUAAUAUCAGUGGACCUGGUAGAAGUACUCAAGGUUUCUCAGGUAAAAUGGGUGUUGGUUGGGAUAGAGGAAAUGGUAAAGGAAGCAAUGGUCCUGAAGUUACUAUAGGUAACCAGCAGCUGAAGGGAGCAGGUCAAGGAAUCAACAUCAAUGUGAAUGCUCCUACUGCCAGAAUAUCUGGUACAGAUACCACAAUAACAGCAGGUGUAGAUGGCAAAAUCAGAACACCAGAGGUUUCAGGUCCCAGUUUACAAACUCAUGCCACUGAUAUCAGUUUUAAAGGGGCAAAAGUUAAGGGUAAUUCUAAUGUGUCUAUUUCAGGCAUUAAAAGUGGAAUUACUGUGCCUAGUACAGACAUUGCAGGUGCAGCAGUUAAUGUUGAAGGUUCUGGUGUUGACAUUGAUGGAUCUGAAAUGGGAUUUAAGUUACCGAAAUUUAAAAUGCCAUCAUUUGGAGGCCAAGAUGUUGAUAUCAACCUCAAAGGACCCAAAAUCAAAGGAGAUGUUGAUGUUUCACUUCCAACAUUCAAAGGAGAGACAAAGGCCUCACCUGAGAUAGACAUAGGAGGACGUGAGGUUAACAUUGAAGGUCCUGAAGGUGGAUUCAAAAUGCCCAAAGUCAAAAUGCCUUCAUUUGGUAUCAAGGGCUCUGAUGUUGAUGUGAAGCUACCAGAAGGCAGCAUUGAUGUAAAAGCACAAGGAAUUGACAUUAAAAGCACAGAUCUUAAUGUUGAGGGUCCAGAGGGAAAAAUUAAAGGGUCUACAUUCAAGAUGCCAUCUGUUUCUGGACCUAAGAUCUCAAUGCCUGAUGUUGGCUUAAAUGUGAAAGGACCUAAAUUGAAGGGAGAUAUCGAUGUCUCAGCACCAAAAGUCAAAGGCGACUUAAACGCACCAAAGAUAGAUAUUGAAGGCCCAGAUGUUAACAUUGAAGGCCCAGAAGGUGGAUUCAAAAUGCCCAAAAUAAAAAUGCCAUCAUUUGGAAUAAAGGGUCCAAAGGUGGAGGGCCCUGAAGUUGAUAUGGAUCUACCAAAAGCUGACAUUAAAAUUAAGGCGUCAGAAGUUGACAUAAGAGGUCCAAAGAUUUCAAUGCCAGAUGCCGAUUUAAGCCUAAGAGGACCAAAAGUGAAGGGGGAUAUGGAUGUGUCUAUUCCAACGGUUGAAGGUGAUAUCAAGGCCCCUAAGAUUGACAUUGAAGGCCCAGAUGUUGGUAUUGAAGGCCCGGAGGGAGGAUUUAAGAUGCCAAAAAUAAAAAUGCCUUCAUUUGGAAUCAAGACACCUAAAGUGGAGGGCCCUGAAGUUGAUGUGAAACUUCCAAAAGCAGACAUUGAUGUUAAGGCACCAGAAAUUGACAUUAAGGGCCCAGAACUUGAGGUGGAGGGACCAGAUGGAAAGAUCAAAGGGCCUAAAUUCAAAAUGCCAUCCAUUUCCGGGCCAAAGAUCUCAAUGCCUGAUGUUGAUUUCAAUCUGAAAGGACCUAAAGUAAAAGGAGGUGUGGAUGUGUCUGUACCCAAAGUCGAGGGUGACAUCAAGGCACCAAAGAUAGAUAUUGAAGGCCCAGAUGUUGAAAUUGAAGGGCCAGAGGGUGGAUUCAAGAUGCCCAAAAUGAAAAUGCCUUCAUUUGGAUUCAAGGGGCCGAAAGUGGAAGGACCAGAUGUUGAUGUGAAAAUGCCAAAAGCAGAAAUUAACAUUAAGGCGCCUAAAGUUGACAUUGAAACCCCAGAUCUGGAGGUGGAGGGUCCUGAAGGAAAGAUCAAAGGACCUAAAUUCAAAAUGCCAUCCAUUUCCGGGCCAAAGAUGUCAAUGCCUGAUGUUGACUUAAAUCUGAAAGGGCCUAAAGUGAAGGGAGGUAUGGAUGUGUCAGGACCCAAACUCGAAGGUGACAUUAAAGCACCAAAGAUAGACAUUGAAGGCCCAGAUGUUGACAUUGAAGGCCCAGAGGGUGGAUUCAAGAUGCCCAAAAUGAAAAUGCCUUCAUUUGGAUUCAAGGGGCCAAAAGUGGAAGGACCUGAUGUUGAUGUGAAAAUGCCAAAAGCAGACAUUAAUGUUAAGGCACCAAAAGUUGACAUUGACACCCCAGAUCUGGAGGUGGAGGGUCCUGAAGGAAAGAUCAAAGGACCUAAAUUCAAAAUGCCAUCCAUUUCUGGGCCAAAGAUGUCAAUGCCUGACGUUGACUUAAAACUGAAAGGGCCAAACAUGAAGGGAGGUAUGGAUGUGUCAGUACCCAAAGUUGAGGGUGAUAUCAAAGCACCAAAGAUAGACAUUGAAGGCCCAGAUGUUGACAUUGAAGGUCCAGAGGGUGGAUUCAAGAUGCCCAAAAUCAAAAUGCCUUCAUUUGGAUUCAAGGGGCCAAAAGUGGAAGGACCAGAUGUUGAUAUUGAUCUGCCAAAAGCAGACAUUGAUAUCAAGGCACCAGAAAUCAACAUUAAGGGUCCAGAACUUGAGUUGGAGGGACCAGAUGGAAAGAUCAAAGGAUCUAAAUUUAAAAUGCCAUCCAUUUCUGGGCCAAAGAUCUCAAUGCCUGAUGUUGACUUCAACCUGAAAGGACCUAAAGUGAAGGGAGAUGUGGAUGUGGCAGUUGCCAAAGUUGAGGGUGAUAUCAAGGCACCAAAGAUAGAUAUUGAAGGCCCCGAUGUUGACAUUGAAGGGCCAGAGGGUGGAUUCAAGAUGCCCAAAAUCAAAAUGCCUUCAUUUGGAUUCAAGGGGCCAAAAGUGGAGGGACCUGAUGUAGAUGUGAAACUGCCAAAAGCAGACAUUGAUUUUAAAGCACCAGAAAUUGACAUUAAGGGUCCAGAACUUGAGGUGGAGGGACCAGAUGGAAAGAUCAAAGGAUCUACAUUUAAAAUGCCAUCCAUUUCUGGGCCAAAGAUCUCAAUGCCUGAUGUUGACUUCAAUUUGAAAGGACCUAAAGUGAAGGGAGAUGUGGAUGUGUCAGUACCAAAAGUUGAAGGUGACAUUAAAGCACCAAAGAUAGACAUUGAAGGCCCAGAUGUUGACAUUGAAGGUCCGGAAGGUGGAUUUAAAAUGCCCAAAAUCAAAAUGCCUUCAUUUGGAUUCAAGGGGCCAAAAGUGGAGGGACCUGAUGUUGAUGUGAAACUUCCAAAAGCAGACAUUGAUGUGAAGGCACCAGAAAUUGACAUUAAGGGCCCAGAACUUGAGGUGGAGGGACCAGAUGGAAAGAUCAAAGGACCUAAAUUCAAAAUGCCAUCCAUUUCUGGGCCAAAGAUCUCAAUGCCUGAUGUUGACUUCAAUCUGAAAGGACCUAAAGUGAAGGGAGAUGUGGAUGUGUCAGUACCAAAAGUUGAAGGUGACAUUAAAGCACCAAAGAUAGACAUUGGAGGCCCAGAUGUUGACAUUGAAGGCCCAGAGGGUGGAUUCAAGAUGCCCAAAAUGAAAAUGCCUUCAUUUGGAUUCAAGGGGCCAAAAGUGGAGGGACCUGAUGUUGAUGUGAAAAUGCCAAAAGCAGACAUUGAUGUUAAGGCACCAGAAAUUGACAUUAAGGGCCCAGAACUUGAGGUGGAGGGACCAGAUGGAAAGAUCAAAGGACCUAAAUUCAAAAUGCCAUCCAUUUCUGGGCCAAAGAUCUCAAUGCCCGAUGUUGACUUCAAUCUGAAAGGACCUAAAGUGAAGGGAGAUGUGGAUGUGUCAGUACCAAAAGUUGAAGGUGAUAUUAAAGCACCAAAGAUAGACAUUGAAGGCCCAGAUGUUGACAUUGAAGGUCCAGAGGGUGGAUUCAAGAUGCCCAAAAUCAAAAUGCCUUCAUUUGGAUUCAAGGGGCCAAAAGUGGAGGGACCUGAUGUUGAUGUGAAACUUCCAAAAGCAGACAUUGAUGUUAAGGCACCAGAAAUUGACAUUAAGGGCCCAGAACUUGAGGUGGAGGGACCAGAUGGAAAGAUCAAAGGACCUAAAUUCAAAAUGCCAUCCAUUUCUGGGCCAAAGAUCUCAAUGCCCGAUGUUGACUUCAACCUGAAAGGGCCUAAAGUGAAGGGAGAUAUGGAUGUGUCAGUUGCCAAAGUGGAGGGUGAUAUCAAGGCACCAAAGAUAGACAUUGAAGGCCCAGAUGUUGACAUUGAAGGUCCAGAGGGUGGAUUCAAGAUGCCCAAAAUCAAAAUGCCUUCAUUUGGAUUCAAGGGGCCAAAAGUGGAAGGACCUGACCUUGAUGUGAAAAUGCCAAAAGCUGACAUUAAUGUUAAGGCACCUAAAGUUGACAUUGACACCCCUGAUCUAGAGGUGGAGGGUCCUGAAGGAAAGAUCAAAGGGCCUAAAUUCAAAAUGCCAUCCAUUUCUGGGCCGAAGAUCUCAAUGCCUGAUGUUGACUUCAAUCUGAAAGGACCUAAAGUGAAGGGAGAUGUGGAUGUGUCAGUACCCAAAGUUGAAGGUGACAUUAAAGCGCCAAGAAUAGACAUUGAAGGCCCAGAUGUUGACAUUGAAGGCCCAGAGGGUGGAUUCAAGAUGCCCAAAAUCAAAAUGCCUUCAUUUGGAUUCAAGGGGCCAAAAGUGGAGGGACCUGAUGUUGAUGUGAAACUUCCCAAAACAGACAUUGAUGUUAAGGCACCAGAAAUUGACAUUAAGGGCCCAGAACUUGAGGUGGAGGGACCAGAUGGAAAGAUCAAAGGGCCUAAAUUCAAAAUGCCAUCCAUUUCUGGGCCGAAGAUGUCAUUGCCUGAUGUUGACUUCAAUCUGAAAGGACCUAAAGUGAAGGGAGAUGUGGAUGUGUCAGUACCCAAAGUUGAAGGUGACAUUAAAGCGCCAAGAAUAGACAUUGAAGGCCCAGAUGUUGACAUUGAAGGCCCAGAGGGUGGAUUCAAGAUGCCCAAAAUCAAAAUGCCUUCAUUUGGAUUCAAGGGGCCAAAAGUGGAGGGACCUGAUGUUGAUGUGAAACUUCCCAAAGCAGACAUUGAUGUUAAGGCACCAGAAAUUGACAUUAAGGGCCCAGAACUUGAGGUGGAGGGACCAGAUGGAAAGAUCAAAGGGCCUAAAUUCAAAAUGCCAUCCAUUUCUGGGCCGAAGAUCUCAAUGCCUGAUGUUGACUUCAAUCUGAAAGGACCUAAAGUGAAGGGAGAUGUGGAUGUGUCAGUACCCAAAGUUGAAGGUGACAUUAAAGCGCCAAAAAUAGACAUUGAAGGCCCAGAUGUUGACAUUGAAGGCCCAGAGGGUGGAUUCAAGAUGCCCAAAAUCAAAAUGCCUUCAUUUGGAUUCAAGGGGCCAAAGGUGGAGGGACCUGAUGUUGAUGUGAAACUUCCCAAAGCAGACAUUGAUGUUAAGGCACCAGAAAUUGACAUUAAGGGCCCAGAACUUGAGGUGGAGGGACCAGAUGGAAAGAUCAAAGGACCUAAAUUCAAAAUGCCAUCCAUUUCUGGGCCGAAGAUCUCCAUGCCUGAUGUUGACUUCAAUCUGAAAGGACCUAAAGUGAAGGGAGAUGUGGAUGUGUCAGUACCAAAACUUGAAGGUGACAUUAAGGCAGCAAAGAUAGACAUUGAAGGCCCUGAUGUUGACAUUGAAGGCCCAGAGGGUGGAUUCAAGAUGCCCAAAAUCAAAAUGCCUUCAUUUGGAUUCAAGGGGCCAAAAGUGGAGGGACCUGAUGUUGAUGUGAAACUUCCAAAAGCAGACAUUGAUGUUAAAGCACCAGAAAUUGACAUUAAGGGCCCAGAAUUUGAGGUGGAGGGACCAGAUGGAAAGAUCAAAGGACCUAAAUUCAAAAUGCCAUCCAUUUCUGGGCCAAAGAUCUCAAUGCCUGAUGUUGACUUCAAUCUGAGAGGACCUAAGAUGAAGGGAGAUGUGGAUGUGUCAGUCCCAAAAGUUGAAGGUGAUAUUAAGGCACCAAAAAUAGACAUUGAAGGCCCAGAUGUUGACAUUGAAGGUCCAGAGGGUGGAUUCAAGAUGCCCAAAAUCAAAAUGCCUUCAUUUGGAUUUAAGGGGCCAAAAGUGGAAGGACCUGAUGUUGAUGUGAAAAUGCCAAAAGCUGACAUUAAUGUUAAGGCACCUAAAGUUGACAUUGACACCCCUGAUCUAGAGGUGGAGGGUCCUGAAGGAAAGAUCAAAGGAUCUAAAUUUAAAAUGCCAUCCAUUUCUGGGCCGAAGAUCUCAAUGCCUGAUGUUGACUUCAAUCUGAGAGGACCUAAAGUGAAGGGAGAUGUGGAUGUGUCAUUACCAAAAGUUGAAGGUGACAUUAAAGCACCAAAGAUAGACAUUGAAGGCCCAGAUGUUGACAUUGAAGGCCCAGAAGGUGGAUUCAAGAUGCCCAAAAUCAAAAUGCCUUCAUUUGGAUUCAAGGGGCCAAAAGUGGAGGGACCAGAUGUUGAUGUGAAACUUCCAAAAGCAGACAUUGAUGUUAAGGCACCAGAAAUUGACAUUAAGGGUCCAGAACUUGAGGUGGAGGGACCAGAUGGAAAGAUCAAAGGACCUAAAUUCAAAAUGCCAUCCAUUUCUGGGCCAAAGAUCUCAAUGCCAGAUGUUGACUUCAAUCUGAAAGGACCUAAAUUGAAAGGAGAUAUGGAUGUGUCAGUACCAAAAAUUGAGGGUGACAUCAAAGGUCCAAAAGUAGACAUUGACGUCCCAGAUGUUGAUAUUGAAGGCCCGGAAGGUGGAUUCAAGAUGCCAAAGAUCAAAAUGCCUUCAUUUGGAUUCAAGGGUCCCAAAGUCGAAGGACCAGAUGUUGAUUUGAAAAUGCCAAAAGGAGAUCUUGAUCUGAAAGCACCAAAUGUUGACAUUGACACUCCAGAUCUUGACAUUGAAGGUCCAGAUGGAAAGAUCAAGGGACCUAAAUUCAAGAUGCCAACAAUAUCAGGUCCAAAGAUCUCAAUGCCUGAUAUGGACUUCAACCUAAAAGGACCAAAAUUCAAGGGUGAUGUGGAUGUUUCAGUUCCGAAAAUUGAAGGUGAUCUCAAAGGUCCAAAGGUCGACAUUGAAGGCCCAGAUGUUGACAUUGAAGGCCCAGAAGGUGGAUUCAAGAUGCCAAAGAUGAAAAUGCCUUCAUGGGGAUUCAAAGGUCCCAAAAUAGAUGGACCAGAUGUUGAUUUGAAAAUGCCAAAAGGAGACAUUGAUCUCAAAGGUCCAAAAGUUGACAUUGAAGGCCCAGAUGUUGACAUUGAAGGCCCAGAAGGUGGAUUCAAGAUGCCAAAGAUGAAAAUGCCUUCAUUUGGAUUCAAAGGUCCCAAACUCGAAGGACCAGAUGUUGAUUUGAAAAUGCCAAAAGGAGAUAUUAAUCUGAAAGCACCAGAUGUUGACAUUGACACUCCAGAUCUUGACAUUGAAGGCCCAGACGGAAAGAUCAAGGGACCUAAAUUCAAGAUGCCAACAAUAUCAGGUCCAAAGAUCUCAAUGCCUGAUGUGGACUUCAACCUAAAAGGACCGAAAUUCAAGGGUGAUGUGGAUGUUUCAGUUCCAAAAAUUGAAGGUGAUCUUAAAGGUCCAAAGGUCGACAUUGAAGGCCCAGAUGUUGACAUUGAAGGCCCAGAAGGUGGAUUCAAGAUGCCAAAGAUGAAAAUGCCUUCAUUUGGAUUCAAAGGUCCCAAAAUCGAAGGACCAGAUGUUGAUUUGAAAAUGCCAAAAGGAGACAUUGAUCUCAAAGGUCCAAAGGUCAACAUUGAAGGCCCAGAUGUUGACAUUGAAGGCCCAGACGGAAAGAUCAAGGGACCUAAAUUCAAGAUGCCAACAAUAUCAGGUCCAAAGAUCUCAAUGCCUGAUGUGGAUUUCAACCUAAAAGGACCGAAAUUCAAGGGUGAUGUGGAUGUUUCAGUUCCGAAAAUUGAAGGCGAUCUCAAAGGUCCUAAAGUCGACAUUGAAGGCCCAGAUGUUGAUAUUGAAGGCCCUGAAGGUGGAUUCAAGAUGCCAAAGAUGAAAAUGCCUUCAUUUGGAUUCAAAGGUCCCAAACUCGAAGGACCAGAUGUUGAUUUGAAAAUGCCAAAAGGAGACAUUGAUCUCAAAGGUCCUAAGGUCGACAUUGAAGGCCCAGAUGUUGACAUUGAAGGCCCAGAAGGUGGAUUCAAGAUGCCAAAGAUGAAAAUGCCUUCAUGGGGAUUCAAAGGUCCCAAAAUAGAUGGACCAGAUGUUGAUUUGAAAAUGCCAAAAGGAGACAUUGAUCUCAAAGGUCCAAAAGUUGACAUUGAAGGCCCAGAUGUUGACAUUGAAGGCCCAGAAGGUGGAUUCAAGAUGCCAAAGAUGAAAAUGCCUUCAUUUGGAUUCAAAGGUCCCAAACUCGAAGGACCAGAUGUUGAUUUGAAAAUGCCAAAAGGUGAUAUUGAUGUUAAAGUACCAAAUGUUGACAUUGACACUCCAGAUCUUGACAUUGAAGGCCCAGAUGGAAAGAUCAAGGGACCUAAAUUCAAGAUGCCAACAAUAUCGGGCCCAAAGAUCUCAAUGCCUGAUGUGGACUUCAACCUAAAAGGACCAAAAUUCAAGGGUGAUGUGGAUGUUUCAGUUCCAAAAAUUGAAGGUGACAUCAAAGGUCCAAAAGUUGACAUUGAAGGCCCAGAUGUUGACAUUGAAGGCCCAGAAGGUGGAUUCAAGAUGCCAAAGAUGAAAAUGCCUUCAUUUGGAUUCAAAGGUCCCAAACUCGAAGGACCAGAUGUUGAUUUGAAAAUGCCAAAAGGAGACAUUGAUCUUAAAGGUCCGAAUGUUGAUAUUGACACUCCAGACCUUGACAUUGAAGGUCCAGGGGGAAAAAUCAAGGGGCCUAAAUUCAAAAUGCCAACAAUAUCAGGUCCAAAGAUCUCAAUGCCUGACGUUGACCUUAACCUGAAAGGACCCAAGAUGAAGGGUGAUGUUGACCUAUCAAGUCCACAGUUUGAAGCUGACAUCAAAGGACCAAAGGUGGAUAUCGAAGGCCCAGAUAUAGAUAUCAGUGGACCUGAUGCUGGUCUGAAAAAGCAUAGAUUUAAAAUGCCCAAGAUUGGUUUUAAAGGUCCCAAGAUUGAGGGUGCUGAUGUGGAAGGUAGAAGUCCAGAGGGUGGAUUCAAAUUGCCAAAAUUCAAAAUGCCUAAAUUUGGUUUCAAAUCACCCAAGGUUGAAGGCCCAGAUAUCGAUUUGCCUAAAGCAGAUGUUGAUAUUGGAUCUGUAGAAGUUGAUAUCAAUGCACCUGAUAUGCCCAAGGCUUCGUUGGAUCUUAAAGCGCCAAAAGUUGACAUUGAAACACCAGAUCUUGAAAUUGAAGGUCCAGAAGGAAGGAUCAAGGGGCCUAAAUUCAAAAUGCCAACAAUAUCAGGUCCAAAGAUCUCAAUGCCUGAUGUGGACUUCAACCUCAAAGGACCAAAAGUAAAAGGUGACCUGGAUAUGUCUGGCCCAAAAAUUGAAGGUGAUAUCAAAUCUCCAAAAGUUAAAAUUGAAGGCCCAGAUGUUGAUGUUGAAGGACCUGAAGGAGGAUUUAAGAUGCCAAAAAUGAAAAUGCCUUCUUUUGGAUUCAAAGGGCCAAAAGCUGAAGGACCUGAUUUUGAUGUAAAUCUUCCAAAAGCAGAUAUUGAUCUGAAAGCUCCUGAUGUCAGCAUUACAAGUCCAGAUCUUGACAUUGAGGGCCCAGAGGGAAAAAUCAAGGGACCUAAAUUCAAAAUGCCAACAAUAUCAGGUCCAAAGAUCUCAAUGCCUGAUAUGGACUUCAACCUAAAAGGACCGAAAUUCAAGGGUGAUGUGGAUGUUUCAGGUCCGAAAAUUGUAGGUGAUCUCAAAGGUCCAAAGGUUGACAUUGAAGGCCCAGAUGUUGACAUUGAAGGCCCAGAAGGUGGAUUCAAGAUGCCAAAGAUGAAAAUGCCUUCAUUUGGAUUCAAGGGUCACAAACUCGAAGGACCAGAUGUUGAUUUGAAAAUGCCAAAAGGAGAUAUUAAUCUGAAAGCACCAAAUGUUGACAUUGACACUCCAGAUCUUGACAUUGAAGGUCCAGACGGAAAGAUCAAGGGACCUAAAUUCAAGAUGCCAACAAUAUCAGGUCCAAAGAUCUCAAUGCCGGAUGUGGACUUCAACCUAAAAGGACCGAAAUUCAAGGGAGAUGUGGAUGUUUCAGUUCCGAAAAUUGAAGGUGAUCUUAAAGGUCCAAAGGUCGACAUUGAAGGCCCAGAUGUUGACAUUGAGGGCCCAGAAGGUGGAUUCAAGAUGCCAAAGAUGAAAAUGCCUUCAUUUGGAUUCAAAGGUCCCAAAAUCGAAGGACCAGAUGUUGAUUUGAAAAUGCCAAAAGGAGACAUUGAUCUCAAAGGUCCAAAGGUUGACAUUGAAGGCCCAGAUGUUGACAUCGAAGGCCCAGAAGGUGGAUUCAAGAUGCCAAAGAUGAAAAUGCCUUCAUUUGGAUUCAAAGGUCCCAAACUCGAAGGACCAGAUGUUGAUUUGAAAAUGCCAAAAGGAGACAUUGAUCUCAAAGGUCCAAAGGUCGACAUUGAAGGCCCAGAUGUUGACAUUGAAGGCCCAGACGGAAAGAUCAAGGGGCCUAAAUUCAAGAUGCCAACAAUAUCAGGUCCAAAGAUCUCAAUGCCUGAUGUGGAUUUCAACCUAAAAGGACCGAAAUUCAAGGGUGAUAUGGAUGUUUCAGUUCCGAAAAUUGAAGGUGAUCUCAAAGGUCCAAAGGUCGACAUUGAAGGCCCAGAUGUUGACAUUGAAGGCCCUGAAGGUGGAUUCAAGAUGCCAAAGAUGAAAAUGCCUUCAUUUGGAUUCAAAGGUCCCAAAAUCGAAGGACCAGAUGUUGAUUUGAAAAUGCCAAAAGGAGACUUUGAUCUCAAAGGUCCAAAGGUUGACAUUGAAGGCCCAGAUGUUGACAUUGAAGGCCCAGAAGGUGGAUUCAAGAUGCCAAAGAUGAAAAUGCCUUCAUUUGGAUUCAAAGGUCCCAAAGUUGAAGGACCUGAUGUUGAUUUGAAAAUGCCAAAAGGUGAUAUUGAUCUCAAAGGUCCAAAGGUUGACAUUGAAACACCAGAUCUUGAAAUAGAAGGUCCAGAUGGAAAAAUCAAGGGACCUAAAUUCAAAAUGCCAACAAUAUCAGGUCCAAAGAUCUCAAUGCCUGAUGUGGACUUCAACCUCAAAGGACCAAAAUUAAAGGGUGAUGUGGAUGUUUCAGUUCCAAAAAUUAAAGGUGACAUCAAAGGUCCAAAAGUUGACAUUGAAGGCCCAGACGUUGACAUUGAAGGCCCAGAAGGUGGAUUCAAGAUGCCAAAGAUGAAAAUGCCUUCAUUUGGAUUCAAAGGUCCUAAAGUCGAAGGACCAGAUGUUGAUUUGAAAAUGCCUAAAGGUGAUAUUGAUCUUAAAGCACCAAAUGUUGACAUUGACACUCCAGAUCUGGACAUUGAGGGCCCAGAUGGAAAAAUCAAGGGACCUAAAUUCAAGAUGCCAACAAUAUCAGGUCCAAAGAUCUCAAUGCCUGAUGUGGACUUCAACCUAAAAGGACCGAAAUUCAAGGGUGAUGUGGAUGUUUCAGUUCCGAAAAUUGAAGGUGAUCUCAAAGGUCCAAAGGUCGACAUUGAAGGCCCAGAUGUUGACAUUGAAGGCCCAGAAGGUGGAUUCAAGAUGCCAAAGAUGAAAAUGCCUUCAUUUGGAUUCAAAGGUCCCAAAAUCGAAGGACCAGAUGUUGAUUUGAAAAUGCCAAAAGGAGACAUUGAUCUCAAAGGUCCAAAGGUCGACAUUGAAGGCCCAGAUGUUGACAUUGAAGGCCCAGAAGGUGGAUUCAAAAUGCCAAAGAUGAAAAUGCCUUCAUUUGGAUUCAAAGGUCCCAAAGUUGAAGGACCAGAUGUAGAUUUGAAAAUGCCAAAAGGAGACAUUGAUCUUAAAGGUCCAAAUGUUGAUAUUGACACUCCAGGCCUUGACAUUGAAGGUCCAGGGGGAAAAAUCAAGGGGCCUAAAUUCAAAAUGCCAACAAUAUCAGGUCCAAAGAUCUCAAUGCCUGAUGUGGACUUCAACCUGAAAGGACCAAAAUUAAAGGGUGAUGUGGAUGUUUCAGUUCCAAAAAUUGAAGGUGACCUCAAAGGUCCAAAAGUUGACAUUGAAGGCCCAGAUGUUGACAUUGAAGGCCCAGAAGGUGGAUUCAAGAUGCCAAAGAUGAAAAUGCCUUCAUUUGGAUUCAAAGGUCCCAAAAUCGAAGGACCAGAUGUUGAUUUGAAAAUGCCAAAAGGAGACAUUGAUCUCAAAGGUCCAAAGGUCGACAUUGAAGGCCCAGAUGUUGACAUUGAAGGCCCAGACGGAAAGAUCAAGGGACCUAAAUUCAAGAUGCCAACAAUAUCAGGUCCAAAGAUCUCAAUGCCUGAUGUGGAUUUCAACCUAAAAGGACCGAAAUUCAAGGGUGAUGUGGAUGUUUCAGUUCCGAAAAUUGAAGGUGAUCUCAAAGGUCCAAAGGUCGACAUUGAAGGCCCAGAUGUUGACAUUGAAGGCCCUGAAGGUGGAUUCAAGAUGCCAAAGAUGAAAAUGCCUUCAUUUGGAAUCAAAGGUCCCAAAAUCGAAGGACCAGAUGUUGAUUUGAAAAUGCCAAAAGGAGACUUUGAUCUCAAAGGUCCAAAGGUUGACAUUGAAGGCCCAGAUGUUGACAUUGAAGGCCCAGAAGGUGGAUUCAAGAUGCCAAAGAUGAAAAUGCCUUCAUGGGGAUUCAAAGGUCCCAAAGUUGAAGGACCAGAUGUUGAUUUGAAAAUGCCAAAAGGUGAUAUUGAUCUUAAAGCACCAAAUGUUGACAUUGAAGGCCCAGAUGUUGACAUUGAAGGCCCAGACGGAAAGAUCAAGGGACCUAAAUUCAAGAUGCCAACAAUAUCAGGGCCAAAGAUCUCAAUGCCUGACAUGGACUUCAAUCUGAAAGGACCAAAAGUCAAGGGUGAUUUUGAUAUUUCUGGUCCUAAGGUUGAAGGAGAUUUGAAAGCUCCAAAAGUAAACAUUGAGGGCCCAGAUGUUGAUGUUGAGGGACCUGAAGGAGGAUUUAAGAUGCCAAAAAUGAAAAUGCCAUCAUUUGGAUUCAAAGGGCCAAAGGUCGAAGGACCUGAUGUUGAUAUAAAUCUCCCUAAAGUUGAUAUUGAUGGAAAAGCACCAGAGGUUGAGAUUGAAGGCCCAGAAGGAAAGAUCAAAGGGCCAAAAUUCAAAAUGCCAACAAUAUCAGGUCCAUCGCUCUCAAUGCCCGAUAUUGACUUCAACCUAAAAGGACCAAAAAUAAAGGCUGAUAGUGACAUCUCGGUUCCAAAGUUUGAGGGUGAUAUCAAGACACCAAAGGUUGACAUAGAGGGCCCAGAUGUUGAUAUUGAGGGAGCAGAGGGAGGAUUUAAGAUGCCAAAGAUCAAAAUGCCUUCAUUUGGAUUCAAAGGGCCAAAAGUGGAAGGAGGUGAUAUUGAUGUGAAUUUGCCAAAAGCUGAUAUUGAUCUGAAAGCUCCUGAUGUCAACAUUGCACAUCCAGAUAUAGACAUUGAAGGCCCAGAGGGAAAAAUCAAAGGGCCUAAAUUCAAAAUGCCAUCCAUUUCUGGUCCAAAGAUCUCAAUGCCAGAUGUUGACUUCAACUUGAAAGGACCGAAGGUGAAGGGAGAUUUGGAUAUGUCUGUACCAAAAAUUGAAGGUGACAUCAAAGCACCAAAGGUCAACAUUGAAGGCCCAAGCAUAGAAGGCCCUGAAGGUAGAAUUAAAGGGCCCGGAUUCAAAAUGCCAUCCAUUUCUACACCAAAAGUCUCAAUGCCUGAUGUUGACAUUAGCCUUAAAGGUCCCAAGGUGAAGGGAGACAUUGGAACAGAAGGAAACAUUGAAGGUCCAGACUUUGACAUCAAAGGUCCCAGUUUCGAAAGACCAGAAGUCAAGUUUCCAAGAUUCAAGGGUCCCAGUUUUGGGAUAAAAUCUCCGAAAGGUCCAGAAAUUGAAAUUUCAGCAAAGUCUGACUUUCCUGAUCCUAACAUUGGCAUUGCAGGUCCUGACAUCACCGUAGAGGGGCCAUAUGCAAAUAUCAAAGCGCCAAAAGUCAAGAAACCCAAAUUCCAUAUGGGUGGAAAAAGCCCCAAAUUAGACCUUCCCGAUGUUGAUGCUAGUGCUGCCACUCCUGAUGUAGACAUAAGUCUGAAAGGGAAGAAGGGAAAAUUCAAAUUACCUAAAGUGAAAGGAAAGGGGAAGAGCAGUGGUGCUGACAUAAGUCUCAAAACACAUGAUAUUGAAUUAGAGGCAGAAUCACCUGACCUGCAUAUCAAAGGACCCAAAGUAAAGAAACCUUUGUUUGGAAAACUGCAUUUUCCAGGUGUUGAACUUGACAUUGGGUCUCCUAAAGGAAAAGGGCCAAAGCUCAAAACAGGACUAAGCACCUCCAGUCUAGAAACACCAGAUAUGAAUGUCAGCUUGAGUACACCUGAAAUGAAUGUUGAGGCCCCUGGUCUUGAUGUUAAAGGGCCAAAGUUUUCUGCCCCAGAUAUUAGUUUGAAGGGUCCAGAAAUUAAGGGAGGAUUUGGAGAGGGGAGAGUGGGUGCUGAGGGGAAGGGCAUGAAAUAUGAUGUUAAAGGUGGAGCAGGUAUGGGCAUGGAGGCAUCUGGUGAGAUGGAGUACCCAGAGGGACAUGUUUCAUUUCCAAAGAUAAAAGUUCCAAAGUUUGGUAUUGCAUUACCCAGACUGGAAGGGCCAGAGGUUGGGGUGGAUGUUGGGACUAGUGAAGUUAGAGGAGGGGCUGAAAUGGCAGCUCCAUCUAUGAGUGGUCAUAUUGGUUCAGAUCUGCAUGGCCCUGAACUUAAAUCAGGUGGGAAAGUGAAGGUCAAGAUGCCCAGAUUUUUUGGCAAGUCAAAGACUAAGGGAGGAAGCGCUGCUGACCUUACCAUGGACAGUCCGGAUAUCAAAGUGUCAAGAGACCUCAGUUUGAGUUCUGGAGAGUUGCAAAGUGGCAAAAUGUCAGUAGGGGGAAGUACUGAUCUUAGAGUUUCACCCAAGAGCAAAUCUGCAUCACUUGAUCUUUUCAAAAAAUCACGACAUCGCUCUUCAUCUUUCAGUGAUGAAGGAGAACUUGCCUCUCCCGCCUCUGCUUCAGGUCACUUAGAUGCAGGCAGUGGUGAUAUAUCUGUAGAUAUUGGUGGGGGUAAGGUCAAAGGGAAAAAGGGAAAGUUGAAAUUUGGCACAUUUGGUGGAUUUGGAGCUAAAUCCAAAGGUUCAUAUGAGGUGACACUAGGAGAGCAGGGUGAGGGAAAGCUAGAGGGAGGUAGUGAUGUGGCACUGUCAUCAAAAAAGUCGAGAAUGUCUUCCUCUUCCAGUAGUGAUAGUGGAUCAAAGAGUGGGUUUCAUUUUCCAAGACUAGAGCUUGCUGUGUCACCUAAGAAAUAAGAAAUGGUGAUACAAAAGCACUAAUGUACUACACAUAUUGUUAUUGUUAUAUUUCCACUCAUAACUAAUCUUCAAGCAUUUGAAAUCAAAUAGCAUAUUCACACCAUUCUCUUUGAAUCCUCACUGCACAGUCACAUAAUUACUAAUAAUCAAUAUAUGUGAGUUGUAUUCAUUCGCUCUCUUAUCCCAGUCCACCAAUUUAGAAGCCUCUUGGGGUACAUACCAUAUUUUUGCUAUUACACUGUAAAUAAGAAAAAAAAACUGUAUUGUAAUUAUUAUUUUUUUCUUUUGUACAUAGUUAAAUUUUAUUGAGACUACACCAUCUCACAAAAAUCAAGCAGUGCCUUAGAUAAUCCAAACAAGAAUAUUUGCAUUUUGUUUUGAAUUUUUAUCAUUCAAUUUUUUUUUAACAUGUAAUAUUUUAAUAAACACAAAUACUGGGAGUAUUUCACAACAUAUUGCAAUCACUGUAUUACUGAUAAGAAUGUCUUUUUGCAUAUACACUUAGAGCAGUGAAAAUCUUUAUAUUUGAAAUUACACAUUGUUUUGCAGCAUCACAUAUAAUCAUUCCUGUUUUCACAGUUACCAAAAUGAUUUGCAGGACAAUCCUUUUGCAAGAAAAAAUGAGAUUUUAACAAAUGUCUAACUUUUGUACAAACUGUAAAUAAACUGUGGCUGCUACAUCCUACACAGAGAUGGGCAGAAUUGGAAUGCCAAUCUAUAAAAGAAUAGGUAUAUAAUAUUCCCACUACAAUUUCACCUGGGUUACAUUUUUGUCAUUAUCCAAAUUAUUUAUAUUUGGUAAAACGUGUUAAUGAUAACCUAAAUAAAAAAUGUGUUUUUCUACAAACUAGGCUAUUGCUUUUGAAAGUAUAUACAAUAGUUCAUCCAUUUCCCAUCACACAUUACCUUAAAUUGAGAUGAUUGUUUCUCUCUCCCUCUCACUCUCUCUCUCUCUCAGCAACUAGGUAGUGUCUGGUGGAAAAACUAAGGGUGACAAUUUGACUUUAAUCACUAAUAAAAUGUUGUUGACUCUCAGCUGCAGAUCCUAAAUUGUAUUUUUCUAUGUUUUUUUUCCUGUUACAAAACAAACCAAAUAAACUGUACAAGUAUC